AUGGCGAUCCUCCACACAAAUUUAUUGAAGUUGCUAUGCACACUAACACUAAGGCUAGUAACCAUUCUCUUGUUGCUCGUCGUCGUCGUGCACGCGGGCGGCACCGCGGAGCAUCACGGCGGUCAGCUGUCGUCGUCGUCUCUAAGGUCCCAGAAAGAAGCCCUCCUCCGGUGGAAGUCGACCCUGCAGCAAAGCAGCAGCAGGGCGCACGCACUGGACUCAUGGCAGCCAGGUUCUAGCCCGUGCAACGGCAACUGGACGGGCAUCGCCUGCAGCGUCGUCCACGUCCACGGUGGCCACCGCUGGCGCCGCGCACCCCUGGCUGCGGUCACCAGCAUGUCGCUGCCAGAGGCCGGCAUCAGUGGAAGCCUCGGUGAGCUCAACUUCUCCGCCCUCCCGUUCCUCCGGUUCAUCAACCUCAGCUACAACAGCCUUGCCGGAGGAAUCCCCCCAGCCAUCACGUCGCUAACCACACUUUCCUACCUCGACCUCACUAGCAACUCGCUCCACGGACAGAUACCACCGGAGAUCGGUCGCAUGGAACGCCUCCGGCUGCUGUGGCUCGCCCUCAACAACCUCACAGGCUACAUCCCCGCGUCCCUCGGGAACCUGACCAUGCUGACUGACCUCAGCGUCCUCCAAAACAUGCUUGUCGGGACCAUCCCGGACGAGCUCGGGAAGCUCACGCACCUAGAGGCCAUGGAGCUCAGCGGCACCUUGUUGAGCGGCGCAAUACCAGAUAGCAUAGGCAACCUGACCAGACUACGCCUCCUGCACCUCUACGAAAACCAGCUGUCAGGGCCCAUUCCAUCCUCUCUAGGCAACCUCCUCAACCUUGUUGAUCUUGAGCUCACCGGGAAUCGCUUGAGCGGCGGAAUUCCAGUCUCGCUGGCAAAUCUCACUCAGCUCCAGUUGCUUUACCUCUCCGUCAAUCAGCUCACAGGUCCAAUCCCCCAGCAGGUAGGGUUGAUGGAAAACCUAAGCCAGCUAUCUCUAUAUACAAACCGGCUAGGAGGCCCGAUUCCGCCUAGCUUGGGGAACGCAACCUGGCUAAACUACAUUAACCUCUGCGAUAACCAGUUUGUGGGGCCCAUCCCUAGUGAGAUUGGCUAUUUGACGGGUCUCACUGACUUGUAUCUAUGCCAAAACCUCAUUUCAGGCUCAAUUCCUGCUAGCCUUGCCAACAUCACGGGCAUGAGAGAGCUACUUCUCUUCUACAACAAGCUGUCAGCUUAUAGGGACAUAUCAGAUUUUGGGCCGUAUCCACACCUCACUCAAGUAAGCUUCUGGGGAAACAAUCUUCACGGGCAUUUGUCAAAAUCCUGGGGUUCAAGCACUAAUUUGACCACGUUGGUUAUGGCAAAAAACAUGUUAACGGGAAGCUUGCCACCUGAAAUAUCAAACCUAGUGAAGCUAGAGGUACUUAUGCUCUACGGCAACAAACUAACAGGCAAGAUACCACCAGAACUAGGCAACCUAGCCAACCUGUACAUGCUCAGCUUAUCGGGAAACGAAUUUUCAGGUGAUAUACCACCUGAAUUUGGCCAGAUGAGUAAUCUGCAGUUUCUCGAUAUAUCUAUGAAUAAGUUAAAUGGGUCAGUACCGCAGGAGCUUGGGAGUUGCACUGAGCUGCUAUCAUUGCUUAUGAAUCACAACAGCUUGAGCGGAGAAUUGCCGGUGUCCUUGGGUAAUCUUGGGAACCUGCAGCUUGUGCUGGAUUUGAGCAAUAACAAUUUCACAGGCGCACUUCCUGUGCAGCUCGGGAGCUUAGUUAAGCUGGAGGUACUAAACCUCUCCCACAACCAAUUCGAUGGAACCAUUCCACCCUCCUUCGCUGACAUGGCUAGUUUGUCGGCACUUGACGUGUCAUACAACAACUUGGAAGGGCCUCUUCCAAUAGGGCGACUAUUUCAUAAUGCCUCCAUAGGAUGGUUCCUCCAUAAUAACGGCCUCUGUGGCAAUCUCUCAGGCCUUCCAACAUGCGCUUCAGCUAUGGAUUUGGAGCAUCAUGACAGAAGAAUUCGCAGAUUGGCAUUAGCUAUUUCCAUUCCUUUGUGCAUAGUCGUUGUGCUCACAUUUUUAGGAGUUGUUAUGAUUAUUCACAAGAGAAAAAGACCGCACGACAACACGACCGCUGUAGAUACAAGAGAUGUGCUUUCAGUGUGGAAUUUCGAUGGGAAACUAGCAUUUGAGGAUAUCAUUAGGGCAACAGAAAAUUUCAGUGAGAGUUACAUCAUUGGAUCAGGUGGGUAUGGCACCGUCUAUAAAGCUCAGCUUCAAGGGGGGAGACUGGUUGCAGUAAAAAGGCUUCAUAAAACUGAAGAAGACAAUAUGAAUGAUGAAAAGAGAUUCAUAAGCGAAAUCGAGGUGUUGACAAAGAUACGGCACCGAAGCAUCGUUAAGCUAUAUGGGUAUUGCUCCCAUCAGUUGUACAGAUUUCUAGUUUAUGAUUACAUUGAUAGAGGAAGUCUUCAUGCAACCUUGGAGAACGAGGAGCUAGCAAAGGAAUUGAACUGGCAGAGGCGAGUUGCCAUUGCUAGAGACGUGGCUCAAGCUAUGUACUAUUUGCACCAUGAAUGCAACCCGCCAAUAAUCCACCGUGACAUUACAAGUAGCAACAUAUUGAUCGAUGCACAUUUCAAAGCUUGUGUUUCAGAUUUUGGCACAGCAAGGAUUAUAAAACCUGAUUCAUCGAAUUGGAGUGAAUUAGCAGGGACAUAUGGUUAUAUAGCCCCAGAGCUUUCAUACACAUCAGUGGUGACAACAAAGUGCGAUGUCUACAGCUUUGGUGUAGUUGUGCUUGAGAUUGUGAUGGGAAGAUACCCUAGGGAACUUCAGACCCUUCCUUCCAUUGAGAUUGCAAUGGAAAUGUUGGACCAGCGAACACCAUUGCCAACAAUGGAGGAGGUAGAAGAAAUCGCUUUGCUUGUCCAAUUGGCAUUUGCUUGCAUGCAAACUUCUCCUCGCUCAAGACCAGAAAUGCAGGAUGUCUAUCAGAAACUGACUCGCCACCCCUUCUCAUGA